CCGAGCCUCAGAGAAUAAAGCACACCCGCCGGUGGGAAAAUAGGCUGCGUUUGUGAUACUGUGUAGCUAACUAGGUAGAUAGUUAACGUUUGGCACUAUCUAUAAUUAAAGUCGUUGUCUUUGAGGAAAGAAACCGGAAAAGUUUCCUGGAUAGCUGUUCAUUGUGGUCGCAGCCCGUUAGCUAAGCUAAACCGGAGACGGGAUCUUAAUUAAUCCAGACGGGACCAGCCCCAGGAACCGGCAGCAGCAGUCAGUCACACCCUUGUCUGGGGUUAGUGGACGAACCCUGUCUGCGCAGCAACCUUAAAUUGCUACCCUUCACAUGUUACAUUGUUAUAUACAGAUGCAUGUUAGCCUCAGACUGCUGAAUUGGAGCUUCAGAGCAAUAUUGUGAGUGAACUGGGAAGUGUGGACUAGAUAUGACUGACUCAUCAUCAUGGCACGGGCAGAGGAGAUAACCCUGAACAGUCCGUCUGCUGCAGUGCCAACCAGACAGCCCCAUAACUAGCCAGACAGCUAAGUUAUUUACACAUCCAAUCGUUUCUAUUAUAUACUCCCCCUGGUAGUCAGCUUGGUAAUAUGAACACCCCGAUGUACACAUUUGUCACCCGUGACGACAACAGCACCAUUUAUGCAGAAGUUUCCAAAAUCCUCGUCUCGACUGGACAAUGGAAGAAGCUGAAAAGAGACAAUCCCAGAUUCAACUUAAUGCUCGGUGAACGGAACAGACUGCCCUUUGGACGUCUUGGUCAUGAACCAGGACUGGUGCAGCUUGUGAAUUACUACAGAGGAGCAGACAAGCUUUGCAGGAAGGCAUCCUUGGUCAAGCUAAUAAAGACCAGCCCAGAGCUGUCCGACUCCUCUAACUGGUUUCCAGAAUCCUACAUCAUCUAUCCCACUAACCUCAACACCCCUGUUGCUCCAGCUACAAAUGGCAUUAGUCAUCUGAAGAAUAAUCCCAAGACAGAUGAGCGUGAAGUUUUCUUGGCCUCUUAUCACUCUAAAAAAGAAAGUGGGGAGGGCACGGUGUGGAUAGCCAAGUCUUCUGCUGGAGCUAAAGGUGCUGGUAUUUUGAUAUCCCAUGAUGCUAACCAGCUGAUGGAGUACAUUGAUAAUCAGGGUCAGGUUCAUGUUAUUCAGAAGUACCUGGAGAAACCUCUGCUCCUGGAGCCGGGACAUCGGAAGUUUGACAUCAGGAGCUGGGUGCUAGUGGACCAUCAGUACAACAUCUAUUUAUACCGGGAGGGUGUGCUACGGACGUCCUCUGAGCCCUACAACAGCUCUGACCUCCAGGACAUGACCAGUCACCUCACCAACCACUGCAUCCAGAAGGAGCACUCCCUGAACUACGGACGAUAUGAGGAGGGGAAUGAGAUGUUCUUUGAUGAGUUCAGGCUGUACCUGCUGAACACUCACAAUGUCACCCUGGAGAGCACCAUAUUACUUCAGAUCAAGCAGAUCAUAAAGAGCUGUCUGACAUGUAUUGAGCCGACAAUCAGCACCAAGCACCUGUCCUACCAGAGCUUCCAACUCUUCGGGUUUGAUUUUAUGGUGGACGAGAGCUUCAAAGUGUGGCUCAUUGAGAUCAAUGGAGCUCCAGCCUGUGCACAGAAACUAUACUCAGAGCUAUGUCAAGGUAUCGUGGAUGUGGCCAUUUCCAGUGUCUUCACCCUGAACAGUGGCGGUGACUCCUCAUCUGCUUCCUCUUCACCUUAUUCCUCCUCCCCAUCCUCCACGUUCUCCACCAACUCCUGCUCCUCUCCCAAACUGAGAGGACCUCUUAACGUGGGCCCUUUCACUCGACUGUAAGCACACAAGCAAUUAUUCCCCUCGUCUCAUUGUCACAGCUUCUACAUCCUCUGUCCUCACUCCUAAACUCUGCCAGAGAAGUAGCACGUGCCAGAAAGCCGAGCCUUUAAUUGUACCUUCCCUGUCACGCCUGGAAGGAGUCAUUCUUUCUAUGGAAAUCACUGAGCUGAGGAGAUGGUCUCUGCUCUCCUGAUUAUGCAUAAUAUGAAUGUGAGGACGGUGAUGAAUGGAUGAAAAAACUUUUGGGGAGUUUCUGAAUGAGGACAGACAACCUUCCAUCCCAGUCCCAUCACCAGUUUCUCCACAAGCAGAUUAAUGGAGGUCUGAAGGAUGCAGAGACGCUCUAAAUGAGACUGUAGUGCCUUACAUUUUCAGCCACGCUCCCUUAAAAAGACUGCUAGUUAGCUUGCUCUGUUACUGUGACUCGUACUUGUUCUAUAAGCCUUUGCACUGUUGCUCAGUAAAGUCAGUGUGGUCAUGAUCAGCCCACAAGAAUUAGCAUAAAACUAAUUUCUUAAAAUUUGAGAUCUUAGUAAACGUAUCAUUUUGAAUGUUAAUUUUCUCACCAGACAUGUUUCUGUAGCCUGGGAAGCAGACAAAUCUGCAAACUCCUGUUCAGACAGAUUUACAGCCCAGCCAACCUGGCCUGGGUCAAGCCAAUCACAGCCGCGUGUUUCAAACAAUGACUGACAACUUGCGCUUCAGGGCACGGUCACACACAUGAGCGAAUGCAGGCAAGUGACCAUCGCCUGCCAAAGUGAUAUUUGUUCCGAUUGUGUGCUAUGCCGGAUGUGACAAACACGGGAAGCUAGCUUUAUAGCUAAUCUUAGUUAGCUUGCUAAUAAAUACAGCGAAAUAUGGUGUUAUUGGUACAUCUUCCAUUUCCUUACGUUCAUGCCAGUUUCCCAACUCACUGCCAGCCAGGCAGCGUUUUUCAUGUGGGGCAGUAUCGACUGGUUAGACAAAACAACAGUCAAUGCCUCCUCAACACUUUGUUUGCUACUGGAUGAGGCUGCGGCUUCGAAGGUCUCAGUUCACUAAAGUUGAACUGCUUUGCCAACAGAAGCAAGUUUAAUUCUCCCCUCAGCUCACAAUAAAUAGAAGUGAAUGGGAGGUGAAUAUUCACCAAUAUGACUGUGCUCUUUGGCAAAAUACGUGAUGAUGUAAUAAUUGGCUUGUGCACACUUGCGCGGCAGGUCUGUGACAGUGGCCAUAAACUUAUGAGAAGACGGCUGCAGCUGAUGUGGAACUUUCUGUUAACAUACUAUUUUUAAAUUCUAAUGAAAAAACAUGACAAUGCCAAACCAUCACAGCUCAUUGGUGCACGCUGUAGUCUGUUUACAUUUGUUCAUUGCUCAGUGCUACGUCACGUUUCAUUGGUCUAACUAGAUCUAUCCAAUUGUGUCCAGAGGCAUUUUGGUCUGUGGCCAGUGACGUCUCUUGGAAAUCAAAAACAAACUGAGAGGUUUCAAACUUGCAACUUGCAAUGCAAUUUAUUCUUGCAAGGUCAGGCUAACGUUAAUUAUUUCUUACCUUUUUUUAUUGCAGCUUGCCUGCAGCUAUCUGUACCCAUUAGUUUCAGUCAGGAAUGUUAAAAAUGAAGACAGUACUAAGAUGUUUAAGCUUAGAAAGACUAAUGUACUAACCCAACGUGUCUGAUGAGCUGAACAUUCAAGAUGUCUAGGUUUACUUUGAAAAUCAACAUUCCUCUUAACUUGACCAUGUGGACACUACAUAUUAUUUACAUUCAGGGCAGCUGGGUGGCACGAGUGAACAGGGAGAUUGUCCUUCAUCUGGUAAACCCAGGUUUAAGUCCGUCCUGACAAAUGUUCCUCACCCUGAGUAUUAGCCUACAUUAUUCAGUUCUUAACCUAUCCUUUACAAAAUAGUCCAUCUGAAGACAUGUUCGAUGUUUUAUUUAUCAUUUGAAGAGAGCAUGUUCGUGUGAAAGCAUGUAGUAGAAUGGAUCGUCAAAAAAGUCCCCACGGCACCUUUUGGCCCCGUUUGUAAAGAGCUGCCCAUGUGUGUGUUUUAUCUCUGAUCUGUGAAAAGACUGUCAUUGUAAAGUGUUGUCAACAUGUGUGUGGAUUAUGUUUUUGAAGUGUUGUAAUGAAGGUAGACUAGAUUGUACAGUGUGUGAAAGACCCCAUGAAAUGAAACUGACUGGACGCGAUCAGUAUUUGUAACAUAACAGAGCUGAUGGAGACAGAAAAAACACAAACGUACACUACUUCAUACUUUUUACACUAGUCUUGUAAAAGCAUACUGUGUCAGAUGUGUUAUUACCAAAGAAAACUCAGCUUUCUUUCACUUUUAUCAGAGUUGCAUUUCAUGACUGAUUUUUUUGUUUGUUUCAUGGGGUCCUUGAAAUAUAUCAGUCCUUAAUUUUUCUUUUAAUCUUUGCUAAUAGAUGAGACUUUAGGUGUGACUUACAUCUAAUCUAUUUCAUGUUUUUGUUUGUUAGAAAGUAAUGUUUAGUUUAUCCUCAGACAUGAAACUUUAAAUUAGCUCAAAAAUUGUGACAGCUGCACGCUGGGUAGCGGAUUCAACAGUUGUGUCUCCAGGGGCUCAUUUUAGAGAAUAUAUUUCAUUUCACACUAAGUCAUUAUUAUAGUCUCUGAUGAUGUUAAUCUCUGCUGUUCCUCUCUUUGAACCACAGUUCAAAUGUGUGAGGCUUUUUCUUCCCAUGUUGUUAAGUUGUAUAAGUUAAGGGACACCAUUGAAGCAUUAAUUUAUGUUUUUAAUCACUGUGUAUUUGUGUUUACAAGAUGACUCUGGGAACUGAAGGAUAUGUAAGUGGCUGAAGGUCAGACAGAUGGAGUCGUUACAGAGCAGUGUCAAGAGACUGAGUUAUUAUAAAGAUUAAUCCCAGUAACAUAUGAUGAGUCCGUUACUGUGAUGUAUUGCGGAGCCCUGAUGUAGCUGAAAUGAUGUUUGAAAGUUUGAAAAAAUGCCAGUGUUAGCAGAAAACUGGCAUUUAUAAUUGGUCUACUGUAUGAUUAUGUUGGCAAAUGGGUUACAUGUACGCUGAUUUUUAUUAAGUAUGAAAACCAAACUAUCAGUAUUUGUUUUAUUAAAUUUGUAGGGAAACGUCUUUCCAUCAAAGGGAAGGGUGCCUUAGAGGGAAUUGCAUAUUGAUAAAAAAGAAGCAAUGGACCUCCAUCGUUUUAAUGCACCUUCAUUUGUUUGUAUCAAAGUGAUUUUGCCUCAUUCAUUAUACAUUUUAAAUUAAACUUAAUGUCAUUUUCUCAGUUUAUCAUGUUUUUCCUCAUAUUUUUCCUCAUCUUUACCAAAGAUCAAACUCCUGCUGUAUUUUCAGUGUCAGAUGAUGUUUUGUAGUUAAUCUGGAUGUUAUCACAUCAAUUGGCCAACAUGAUCCAAAAUCCGGUAUCAUAUUCAGAGGGAUGUCUGUGCUGUGUUUUUGUUAGGUGAUGUUUUAUCCAGACUCUUGCAUGAACGUUUGUCUUUAUCAGAACAAUACUACUAGAAUAAAAAAUAUUCCUAUUAUCAAA